AUGCGGGCGCGUGGGACGUCCGCGACGACGACGACGACGACGCGAACGUCGAUCGAUAGGUCGAGGAGAUGGCGACGGUGCGGCGCGCUUCGGGCGUCGACGCGGGACGACGACGGGCGCGACGCGACGGCGCGCGAGAGCGAUGCCGAGGCGUUCGAGGAGAUGGUCGUCCUGCACGAGAGCGAGGCGGUGGUGAUCGUGAAUAAACCGCGAGGGAUGAGCUUUCACAGUGAGUUCGCUCCGGGGGCGCUGGCGAGGCUUCGGACGCAGAUGGGGGAGAGGACGGCGGUGAUGUCGGUGCAUCGCUUGGACAAGCCGACGAGCGGGAUUUUGGUCUUCGCGAAGAACGCGCGCGCGCGAGACGCGCUGAGUAAGGCUUUCGAGGAGAGGGAAAUUGUGAAGUAUUACGUCGGGAUGUCGAACAGAAAGCCUCGGAAGAAGAUGGGCACGGUGCGAGGCGACAUGACGCGCUCGAGAAGAAAGGCUUGGAUGCUGACGUCGACGACGGAAUCGCCGGCGGAGACAAAGUUCGUGAGUUUUGGCGCGCGCGGGAUGGGAGAACGAGCGUUGAGAAUGUUUGUGUUCAGACCGAUGACGGGAAAGACGCAUCAGCUUCGCGUGGCGGCGAAAUCUUUGGGUAGUCCUCUUCUGGGCGACGACACGUACGGCGGCGAGCGAGACGUGGAUAGGACCUACUUACACGCGUGUGCGAUUCGGAUCCCAAAGAGCGUGCUCGGGGAGACGAUUCAGAUUAUUUGCAGUCCGAUAGGUACGGGCGAUGAGUGGGACCCGGCGGCUUUCGAUCGGUACUUUCCAGAGUCGCUCGCGAAUGACUUCGGUGCUUGGUUUGACGACCAACCGCUCCUGCGAUCGACUGUCGAUGGUGACGCAAAUGAACAAUGA